UUCAUUGUAGUAUUAUCACCUAAGACUGCGAAGAACCUCACAAAACCCUGAACAAUCUUCUUCUUCUUCCUCACUCACAAAACAACACAGCAUAACCCUUUGCAAAUCAUGGAUUCUUCUUCUCCUCAAUCAAACCCUUCUCUCCCAAUUGAAGACAAACCCACCCAACAACACCUCUCAACCCCCACCAAAUCCCCCUCGGCCCCUGCAAACUCCACCACCCACACCGACGUGCCGCCGCCAGAGUUUCCGGAUUCCGCCGGGCUGCGCCGCCGCUGCAAAACCCGGGCACCCCAAGCUGGCUCCCCGAGGAACCCUCGCAAACCGAGGCGACGCUUCGAGCACGAGGUACGAGAAGAAAAGGACUCAGGGUUGAUCGAAGAGGUUGGAAAACAACCCAGGAAGAGAAAACAAACCGCGCGAACUAAGAAGGAGAAACCUAACUCUGUUCCACCUUCAACCUCAUCUCCAAAAAGUGAAGAAGAGAGGGGCGGUGAUUUCGAUCGUGUUGGGCAGAUGGUUAGCGAUUUGAUCAUGUGGAAAGAUGCGUCAAAGUCAACGUUUUGGUUUGGGUUUGGGUCGCUUUGUCUUUUGUCUUCUUGCUUUACUCAAGGACUGAACUUUAGCAUUUUCUCGGCCUUGUCGCAAUUUGGGAUUCUCUUCUUGGGCGUUUCGUUUUUCUCGAAUUCGAUUAGUCAAGGAAAUAUGGUUGAGGAAAAGAGAGAAGUCAAGCUGAAAGAAGAUGACAUUUUGCGUCUUGCAAAGUUAACUCUUCCUGCAUUGAAUUUUGCAAUUUCAAAGAUGAGGGCGCUGUUCUCGGGAGAGCCAUCCAUGACCCUCAAGGUAAUUCCUUUCCUUCUACUAGGAGCAGAGUACGGCCACCUAAUUACUAUUCGGAGGCUGUGUGCCAUUGGAUUUUUUAUCAGUUUCAGUGUUCCGAAGCUCUAUUCUUGCUACAGUGCUCAAAUAAAUAAGAGAGCAGCUGAGUGCUUGAAAUUAUGGUUGUUGGAUGCAUGGAGUGCUUGCACUCACAAGAAGAAAGUGUUGGCAUCAGUAAUUAUGGCCUUCUGGAAUCUAUCAUCUAUCAAAACUCGAAUCUUCACAAUUUUCAUAUUGCUGGUACUAUUCAGAUAUUUAAGGCAGCAGGUUACACUACAAGUAAGCGAGAAGGAACAGCAGAAAGCACCAGUGAUGCCAGAAACAGAGGAAAAGGAACCUCAGCAAGCAUUAGUGGUUUGGGAACAAGGGUGCCAAAACUAGCACCUUAUUGAUUUGUGCUGUGUAUACGAGGUUUUUGUCCAACAUGCAUAAUCAAGAGUUCAAGUUUCCAUCCAAAAUUCAAAAUAUGUUGUAUUGAUUUUCUGGCUAAACACUAUAUUCAAUUGUGAGAAACUCAUUGUUUCUGGCCAAACACUGUAUUUUUCACUGAAUGUGCACACCAAUCGGUGUUUAUUUUACAUUAUCAAAUGCUUUUCAGGCAGGCAGUGGUGGAGCUUGA